AUGUCUUUUCCGUUUCCGCCCCAGGUGUCUGGCUCCAGAGACGAUGCUGCGACGAGACAGGAUGCGCCACCCAAGCAGCAUGCUCCAGGCGUUGUCCUGGACAAAGAUGGAAAACCAUGUCGAACCUGUACAUCGUCUGCAGCAUGGAUGGCGAUGAUGAAGUCCUCGACUGGCAAAAACACCAAGCCAGUUGUUCCAGUCACCACCUCUGUGUCAGAUUGCCCGCCGGAUGUCGAGGAACUCGGUCGCUCUACAUGGACCCUCCUUCACAGUAUAGCAGCCACGUACCCUGAAAAUGCUCCUCCAGAGACGCAAUCGAUCACGAAGCAAUUCAUAUCCACGUUUUCCAAAUUAUAUCCGUGCUGGGUCUGCGCCGACGAUUUUCAAGCGUGGAUGGCCAAACCAGGCAACGAACCAAGAGUCAAAGGGCAAGAUGAACUCGGGCAAUGGAUGUGUCAAGCCCAUAAUGUUGUCAAUGUUAAGCUGGGAAAGCCAGAAUUUAAUUGCAACUUGUGGAAGCAGCGGUGGAAAGACGGCUGGGACGAUGGCAGAUGUGAUUGA